AUUCCGAUAAGACGCACCUGUUCCACCAGUUCGAUCAGUAGUCAUACAGAGCGCCCGGAACGCAAUCUGACAGAAAAUGUUGAAUGAAUUGCUUUCAAUGCCGCUUCUUGCGGUGUGUGCUGCCAUCGCACUUCUUGCGCUGUGGUUGAUACGUGCCGACGCCGACUUGACUCUGCUAUUCUGUGAAAAGUUCGGAGUGUCUCCAGCUUCCCUGCAAGGCAAGGUGGUAUGGAUUACAGGUGCAUCCAGUGGCAUUGGAGAGUGGCUUUCUUACAAGCUGGCUAAAGUGGGUGCCAAACUCGUUAUUUCUGGCACACAUCAGCAAAGGCUGCAAGCUGUUCAUGACAGAUGUUUGGAACUUAACAAUCACUGCAAAGUGCUGGUUUUGCCAUUCAAUUUGGCCAACAUCUCCUGCCAUGCUGAUCAACUCAAAAAGGUCCUGGACUUUUACGGAACUGUAGACGUAUUGGUCAACAAUGCUGGAAUAUGCACUAUGAAAAACUUUGAAGACUGCACAAUCGAAGAGGACAAGGCUAUGUUUGAGGUCAAUGUGUUUGGCCACAUGUCACUCACCCGACUCGUUCUUGUCAAUGCAAAAGAGGCGGGAAGGAAGGUGCACGUCGUAGCCACAAGUAGCAUGAGUGGAACACAAGGUGUUCAUCUGGCUCCAGCAUAUGCUGCAACCAAGCAUGCAAUUCAGGGUUACUUGGAGAGUCUGAUGGUGCAGGGGCAGGUGACCGGCCUGAUCGAUGUGACAAUUGUGUGCCCGGGACCAGUGAUGACACCAAUGACAAUUAAUGCCCAUGAAUCGAUAUCGGAUGAACCAGCAGUGAAGGUAGUUGGUGUGUUGCUACCAGAGCGUUGUGCCGAGCUGAUGUCUGUUGCAAUCGCAAACAAACUUAACACCGUCUGGAUCUGUGAAAACCCUCUCCUGAUGCUCUUCUACUGGAACCAGUAUAUGCCUGGCAUCUAUCAAAGAUAUGUUGUUUCGCAGAUACCUUGGAACAAGGGUGACGUCCACAAGAAAGAAAAGUAAACAGCAUUGUUGACAUUU